CCAUUCGUUUCUGCUCUAUAUACCUGGUCGGACAGCACAUACAUAUUUCCAUUCAAAUACAUACUAUAUAUCCGAAUAUACCUGGCGCGAGUGUACAUACAUAUAUACCGAGCACAAAUUGAUCCUGACUCGGCAUAUUUUUCAAAGCUCCAAGAUGUCCCUGUGGUCGCAGCUGAAACCCUUGGAAUUCUGUCGAACUGUGUACAGUGACCACAAUUCCUGGUCGUUUGUCAAAUGUUCGGUGGCCUUUUGUGCCGGUGUGCUUCUCAUUCGCAGCCUGGAAGGUAAAUUGCCCGACAAUGGCUUGGUUCCCAAUAUUUAGGCUAAGAAUUCGGUGAAAUUGUGGUGACCAUGUUGGUUUAGCCACCAAAUUAAUGCUGGACUGAGGAGGGAAUAAGAGAAAGAGAGAUCCAGACUUUUAGCUUUGCAUUGCUGGUUUUAUGAUUAUUUAAAGCAUGAAUUAAAUUAAAUAA